AUUUAGCACGACGUCCAAACUAAAAUCAAAUCAAAAUUAUGAGUACCACCUAAAUUAAAUCGCCCUAUUGGAAUCAAUUGCAAGUAACAUACAAUUAAACCGAAAUAGUUGGACCUGUACCACCCUAUAUCAAGGGCCCUAAAGGCUCUAAAGACUAACCGUAACCAUUAAAAUGGGGGUACAGGUCGAACUCUUAUUUCAUCAAGAUUAACCUCAAAUGCAUGUGGAUUCGAGGUUAAUCUUGAUGAACUAGGGUCGAACUCAUGCCCAAUUAAACGAAGGAUGCACUCAGCACCUUUUAAUUAUUAUUGGAUGGUGUCGGACACGGAUAUAUGACGUGUCCUACAGACUUGCAGACUGGAUCGUACAUACCACGAUGUUUGUUACGCGAGGAGCAGGAUCUAGAUCAGUCGUUCAAUGGAAUUGUUUGUGUGUGGAUUUAAUGGAUUUGAGCAAAUUGAAGUGUUAAUACCAGGCUGGCCAAGACCUGAUAAUCAAGCUGUCACCAAGCCAGUGAAAAUACUGCACCUGGAAACAUUGACAAAUGAUUCUCCUUUGACUUAUUCAUGUACAUGUACCUGGUCUAAGAUAUAUAUCUCUAUUCAUGACACUUCUUCAUCGUUUACCCCGGCCGUCUCUUGGUCCAGCAGCAAAGAGCUGAAAGCUGUAGAUCCUUGUAAACUGGCCGGUACAUGGUCCAGUGUGUUGGCCGUCAAUGCUGAAGAUAAAAUGUUGGUUAUUGAUGAAGACUCCGUAGACACCGGCUGGAAAAACUGUUCUGUGGAUACCAGUAUCAAAGUAGAAGCUAUUGAUGGGGGAGAAAAUACCUUCUUAGUUAUUUAUGAUGAGGGUAGACUUGGCAGGCUGACCGUGAGUGCUGAACGACCGAGUCCAGUGUUUCCUUGUCUGACACUGACGGCUAUUCCCCUGAGUGUGUCAGCUGUUGCUGUGAGUUGUGGUAAAGAACAUGUUCUUGUACUCUCUCGCACGGGCUGCGUCUACAGUUUUGGGCUUGGCAGUCGAGGUCAGCUAGGACACGGUAGUGUGGAGGAGGAGGGAGAACCCCGGCUGAUCGAGGCUCUGGAGGGACUCCACGUCACCGCGCUGGCAGCAGGAGGCUGGCACUCUACCGCUGUCACAGCUGAUGGUGAUUUGUACGCCUGGGGCUGGAAUGAGACGGGACAGCUUGGACUGAGGUGUCCUGCACUGCGACACUCGGACAACAGGACAGCAGACUGUGAACAAAGCCGGUCCCUGCUAGCUCUUCCCGAGCCUGUUAUAGUGUCUGAUGACGCCGUGGUAACCAAGACCUCAUGUGGAUCCAGACACACAGCUGUUAUAACAGACAAACAUCAGUUGUUCACUACAGGCUGGAACAAGUAUGGCCAGCUGUGUUUGGGUGAUGUGCAGAGCAGAGAUAUCUUCACACAAGUGCAGGAGUUCAGUUGUUGCAGGGUGCAGGACGUGUACUGUGGGUACUGGAACACAGUCUGUGUCACACAUACAGAACCAUAA